GGUUAAUUAGAUAUUUUGACUAUUAUUAUGGUGAAUUGUUUAUUUUAAUUUAAUUAUAAAAUAGGAUUAUAGAAAUAAAGAAGCAAGUAUAUUUACAAAUGCACUUGAUGGUGCUCAUCAUGGAAGUAUAAUAAAGAUAGCUAUAUGUAUUCGUAAACCAAUAUUAUUUACUCUUGGUAUUGAUCGAUCUAUUAAAAUAUGGAAUUUACAAACAAAUAAUCAAGAAUUAAAUCAUCAAUUUGAAAUAGAACCAUUAUCAUUAAGUGUUCAUCCAAGUGGAAUAUUUGUUUGUAUAUCAUUUCGUACAAUAAUUCAAAUAUAUAAUUAUACAAUUGAUAGUUUGACUUUAUUUAAACAAUUUGAAAUUUCAAAUAGUCAAUCUAUUGAAUAUAGUUAUCAAGGACAUAUAUUAUCAAUAUCAUAUGAUUAUAUUAUUCAAUUUCAUCAUCAUUAUGAUUACAAUAAAUAUACAUAUAUAAGAGCUAAUGACAAAUUUCGAUUAAUUCGUUGGGCUCGUGAUGAUUCAUUUAUAAUAACUGUUGAUUUUGAUGAACUUGUCAUACGAUGGGAUCCAUAUACAGGUCAACGUUUAUCUCAGAUGAUCUGGUUAUAUGUUUAG